UGGAGAACUGUCUUCAUAGGUGACUUAGUGUUCCAAAGAAAACUGGGGAGAUAAGAUUAGAGAAAAGAAAAUGUCCUGCUGAUCUCCAAGAAAGGGAAGAAAAGUGAUCCUCGAAGUUACUACCUAGUAUUUACAAAGCAUUGGACGCUUGAAGCUGGAGGGGUUCAUUCUGCACCACAUCCUAUUUUUCAGAAGAUGGCUGCUGUUUGGAAAAAGCUAACUGUUGUGGGAGAUGUUGCCUGUGGCAAGACAUGCCUCCUGCUUGCCUUUUGCAAGGAACAGUUUCCCAAAUGCUAUGAGCCAACAGUGUUUGAAACCUACAUCAAGGACACCGAGGUUGAUGGGAAGUCAAUGAAGCUGAUGCUCUUCGAUGUAGCAGGGCAGCGCCAAGGUAAUUAUCAGCACUUCCGUUCGUUGUUCUAUCAAGGCACAAGUGUCAUCUUAAUGUGCUUCUCAGUGGACAGGCCAAAUGCACUGCAGAACAUCCUUGACAUUUGGAUUCCAGAGGUCAAACUGUUCUGCCCCACAGCUCCCAUUGUUCUGGUGGCUACCAAGAAAGAACUGAGGAACGAUGAGGGUGUGCUGGAAAGACUUGCUACACUGGAACAAGAGCCAAUAAAGACGGAAGAAGGAAAAGCCUUGGCUGCUAGCAUUGGGGCAUAUGCCUACCUGGAGUGCUCUGCGAAGACGAAAGAUGGCAUUGAGAGAGUCUUGCAGAUUAUUGGUCAAGCUGCAAUACGAGAUGGAACAAAGAAGAGAAGAAAGCAUCAUGUGUUCUUCAGAUUGUUCACUUGUGGACAGAAGCAAUGAAGUAAAAAAGAAUGCCAGAGAUGCGGCCAACAGUUGAGAGAGAUUUUCAACCUAGGGUGAGAUGGGGACAUCCCAUCAGCAGCAGUGGUGAGUCUCCAGAAGCCGUAUGAGAUGUAGUUGAACUUGGAUGCAUGUAUACACACCUCCUUUCUUUCAAGCACGGAUAUUAAGAGCAUUGCUGGCAGUCCUGGAAAAGAGAUUUGAAUUUUGGCUAUAGAUGCAAAGAUGGCUGGUAAAUAGCAUGACUAGCAUUUAUUAAAGACAUACUCUACAGAUCAGAAGGUGGAUAAAAAAAACCAAUCCAGGAGUGAAUAAUCUUAGGAUCCUGGUAUAAAGGGACAAGGAGCUAAUUUAUUGAGCCUAGCUCAUCAUACAGAAGGACAACAUCCUUUGGUAUCUUUCUCAAUGGCAGUUCCAUCAUUGAAGCAUCUUGGUUAUUGUCCCUCUAGAGGAAACAAAAUCAGAGUAACCAAAAUCUUCAUCUUGAUAUUUUAACAGAAUAGCAAAUCCAAAAGAAGGAUAAGUAAGUUCCAACUGCAUUAAAAAUCUUCUUACCCAUUCUUCCCAACUGAUAAGAGUUCCACUGGCUGUAGCACUAGUAGAAGUCCGAGUGUAAAUUAGACAUUGAUUGUUGUACCACCAUGGCUAUGAGUAGAGUCCCCUUCCUCCCUAUAGUUGCUGUGAGUGGUCCUUCUCGAAGUGAGUUUGGUGCUAAUAAUUUGACUUCCACUCUGUUCUUCCAAUACCUGCGCCAACUGAUCUUCAGCAGGAGCCAGCUAUUCAUCCCCUGACUUUUUCUUCAAUCUAUCUCUGGAUGGGUGUAGUCCCCAGCAGGUUUGUCUGUGGGCGCAGUUUGUCUGCCCCGGAUCCUGUUUUUAUUUCAGUCAUUAUUUAGAUCUCUCAGAGUUCUUGGUGCCACACCUUAUCCUGUGAUUGGUCUUCUCUUUCUUACAUUCUUAUUGCUGCUUCCAACACUGAGAGUUAAACUUAAGUAAUUAAACAAACUAGUAAUUGUUAGCACCCUGUCCACUCACAUGCAAAAAUAUUCAAAUGGCAAGUGGGCUGAUUUACUUGAAAGACCAAGGCAUGGAAUUUAGAACAAAAAAAAAAGUUCAGCCCUAUCAAUGAGAAAAUUAACUGAGGUGCUUGGAAAAGAUCUUAUAGUGUAAAGCGAGAUACAAAAUAUUUGGGGGAUGACACCCUUUUCUGGAUAGCAUGGGACAUGCUGCAUCUAUGCUACAUCACUUUCUACUAGCAGUGGUAAAAUCCCCUCUACUUCAAUGUGCAAUUACAUCAAAAUGUUUUAAGAAUAAUACUUCACAUUUCUAAAGCACUUUUCUUCCAAGGAUCCCAAAGCCAUUUUAAAUAUGAUUUACUAAGCCACAUUUCAGCUCUCUGUGAUAGGCAGGUAGUAUCUCCAUUUUGCAAAUGGGGAUACUGAGCAACACCAAGAGUAAGUGAGUUGCCCAAGGUCAUCCACAUCCAUAGAUCUUUCCUCUGCUUUGACUCUUCUUUCUGUACUUACCUUGUCCCUUCUCUUUUCUCUUCUAGUCUCUUCAAUUCCUCCUCUACUUCCCUUGCUACUCCCCUGCCUUUCAAAUAAUAUUUACCUGAUAUAGGUCCCAAGAUAGGAAAGGAUUCUCUGGAGGGCUCUUCAGCUUAAGUGCCUAUUGAAUUCAAAUCACAUGCUUAAGCGCUUUCCUGAAUCAGGGCCAUAAUGCUUUUUUUUUUUUUUUUUUUUACAUCAUAAAGAGCUUUAUUUAUUUGGGUGGGUAAGCAUUGUUAUUCCCAUUUUACAGCUUGGGGGUAGGGGGGAACUGGGGAGCAGAGAGGCUAAGGAACACAUUUUCCAAAGUGGUCUCUACUUUUUGGCUCUUCAGUCUUUGGAUGUCCAACGUGAGACACUUGGGGCCCCAUUUUCCAAGGUGCUGAGUGCCCACCACCCUGUAACAUUCAAAACACAAGAGGCCAUUUUUGAAAAUGUGGACCCAAGUGACUUGUCCAAAGUCAUGCAUUGUCAAUUGGUUUCUCACUCAGGGCCGGCGCAACCCAUUAGGCGACCUAGGAGGUUGCCUAGGGUGCUACAAUUUGGGGGGUGGCGACCAUGGCAGCAUUUUGGGGUGGGACCUUCCGCCACCUAGGGCGGCAGAAAAGCUGGUGGCGCUCCUAUUCUCACUUGAAUAUAUUUAACAACCCACAGAGAGGCAUUUGUUUUCAGUCCAAAUCUCUAGGUAUUUUGCCUUAAAGUAACAGUGAAUUCACUUUUGUGUCUGUCAAUAUUUACCUCUGUAUUAAUCAGUCCUUGCCUUGACCUCAGUGGUGGCAUCUUGUUGGUUAGUUACUGGUUAACAGCCUGCUAGCAUUUUGCGCACACAGCCUCUUCUUACUGAACACACUUAUGGAACUGAACAAGGGAAACAAUGCGUUUUUUGCUAAUUUCUCAGGCUAUUGUCACAUUUCACAGUAGAAAUCUAAUCCUCCCCUUUUUGGCCACAAGCUGUUCAAUAGGCUGUUAAAGAUGGUCAGAGUAUUGAUGCUGAGCAAAUAUUUUUUCCCCAAAACCAUGCAAAACUUUACUAUAAAGCUGAGGUCAGCAAAGCUUAAUUUGAAUGCUUUGUCAAAACUCAAAACAUUUUUUUCCUAAGGCUGUGUCUACACUACAGGGACUGUGCUGGCAUAAACUUGCAGUGUAGACACAGCCUACCCUGGCAGAGGGAGUUUUUCCACUGGUGUAGGAACACCACCUCCAUGAGCGAAGUUAGCUAUGUCGAUAUAGCUGCAUCUGCACUGAGGGUUAGGUUGGUAUAGCUAUGUCGGUCAGGCAUGUGGUUUUUCACAUCCCUGACCAAUGUAGCUAUGUGCAUCUAACUUUCAAGGGUAGAGCAAACCUAAAUCUCUGUCUUAGCACACUUUUUCGAGAGUAGGUUUCAGUCUGGCUAUACAACAAAACCUGUGUAACAGCUGCCCACACAUCAGGCCUCUGGACCCCAUAAGCAAUGCACAGAUUAAAACAAAAUCAAGCCGUCUUGUUUUGAGAUUUAGCUUUGACGUAUGAGCUAAACAAGAGGAAGGAUGGUCCAGUGAAUAGGAUGCCGGUGUGAGACUUGGGAGGCCCAGGUUCAAUUCCUUGUUCCUCUACAGGCUUCCUAUAUGUCGUGGGGAAAGUCUCUUUGUAGGUGAGAUGCUCAGCUACUAUGGAAAUGGGGGAUAUAGAAGUAUGUAUAAGAUAAAUAGACAAUACUGAAAUCUAAAAUAAAAAUCAAGAGUUAUUGUGAAUUCAAACUACCAAAGUUCAAAAUCUGUGUAAUGCUAAACCAACAACGUGAGCCCAGCUCUGCAGUCCAUAAAUCUUUCAGACAACUGUUUCUUCCAGGGUAGCUGGCAAUCAGAUAGUCCUUUUGUUUUGUCUUUUUUAAAAUGCAUUUUGUCUUUUGUAAAAUGUGUUUACAUAAAUACAAGAUACAGCACUUUUCAAUUGGCAAAAUUGCCUCCCAGUGAGGGAGAGAACAAGAGAAACUAAUGGAGCACUUUACUUAUCACUAAAAUAAAGCAACUUG